CCCAGAGAGCAGCGGUCCGCGACAGGCGGCGGGAGAUCGAGGGCGAGGCGAGCGCGACACUCGCUGGUGGGGGAGAUCGGCGCUCGGCCGGAGACUGUAAGCUCCUCAAGGGGCUGUGUCUUCUUCCUCAGCAUACAGCCCGCACUCAGCACUGGCUCCACACCCAGCAGACCAGUACAUGUUCAAAGAUGUGUCAGAAGAGCCUGCAAUUCUCUGCAAUGUGACAGGACACUCUAAAGGCAAGACCUUCCUCAUUCAGAAAGCUUCAACCUGCCUCUGGAUUUAGAGGGUGAGCGUGAGCCUGGGAGAUGGCAGUGAUGGAAAUGGCCUGCCCAGGCGCCCCCGGCUCCACGGUCGGGCAGCAGCAGGAGUUCGCCAAAGCCAAGGAGAAGACACAGGCAAUGGGGAAGAAGCAGAGCUCCGUCCACAAGCUGGAGGCCGUGGAGAAGAGCCCCGUGUUCUGCGGGAAGUGGGAGAUCCUGAACGACGUGAUCACCAAAGGCACAGCCAAGGACGGCUCCGAGGCUGGGCCAGCUGCCAUCUCCAUCAUCGCCCAGGCCGAAUGUGAGAACAGCCAAGAGUUCAGCCCCACCUUUUCAGAACGGAUCUUCAUCGCUGGCUCGAAACAGUACAGCCAGUCCGAGAGUCUUGAUCAGAUCCCCAACAAUGUGGCCCACUCGACUGAGGGCAAAAUGGCCCGCGUGUGCUGGAAGGGGAAGCGCCGCAGCAAAGCCCGAAAGAAACGCAAGAAGAAGAGCUCCAAGUCCCCGGCUCAGGCGGGGGUGGCCUUGGCCAAACCCCUCCCCAGGACCCCCGAGCAGGAGAGCUGCACGGUCCCGGUGCAGGAAGAUGAGCCUCCGCUGGGUCCCCCAUAUGUUAGAAAUGCCCCGCAGUUCACCAAGCCUCUGAAGGAGCCGGGCCUUGGUCAGCUCUGGUUUAAGAAGCUCGGGGAGGGCCUGCGGCCAGCGCUGCCUCGACCAGAACUCCACAAACUGAUCAGCCCUCUGCAGUGUCUGAACCACGUGUGGAAAGUCCACUACCCACAGGACGCUAGCCCCCUGCCCCAGCCCUUCCCCUACAGCAGGCUGCCUCACCCCUUCCCAUUCCACCCUCUCCAGCCCUGGAAGCCUCACCCGCUAGAGUCCUUCUUCCUUGGCAAACUGACAAACUGUGUAGACGACCAGCAGCCCCUGCCUGGCCCUCACCUGGGCAGACUGGCCUGUGUAGAUAGCCAGAAGCCCCUUCCCAGCCCUCACCUGAAGCCCAGCUUCCCGUCUCGUGGCUCAAGGGACAAGCUGUCUGUGGAGGAGUACCUGGUACAUGCCUUGCAAGGCAGCGUGAGCUCCGGCCAGGCCCACAGCCUGGCCAGCCUGGCCAAGACCUGGUCAGUGGGGGGCUCCAGGCCCCAGGCGCCCAGCCCCGAAACUGAGGACAGCGAGGGGGUCCUACUCAUCGAGAAACUCAAGCCGGUGGAUUAUGAGUACCGAGAGGAGGUCCACUGGGCCACGCGCCAGCCCUGCCUGGGCAGAGGCUCCUUUGGAGAGGUCCACAGGAUGGAGGACAAGCAGACCGGCUUCCAGUGUGCCGUCAAAAAGGUGCGAGUCGAAGUAUUUCGGGCAGAGGAGUUGAUGGCAUGUGCGGGAUUGACCUCCCCCAGAAUCGUCCCUUUGUAUGGAGCUGUGAAGGAAGGGCCUUGGGUCAACAUCUUCAUGGAACUGCUGGAAGGUGGUUCGCUAGGCCAGCUCAUAAAGCAGAAAGGCUGUCUGCCAGAGGACCGGGCCCUUUACUACCUAGGCCAGGCGCUGGAAGGGCUGGAAUACCUCCAUACCCGCAGGAUUCUACAUGGAGAUGUGAAAGCCGACAACGUGCUCCUGUCCAGUGAUGGGAGUCGCGCAGCCCUCUGCGACUUUGGCCACGCUGUGUGCCUUCAGCCCGACGGCCUGGGGAAGUCUUUGCUCACAGGGGACUACAUCCCCGGGACAGAGACCCACAUGGCGCCAGAGGUGGUGAUGGGCAAGCCCUGCGAUGCCAAGGUGGACGUCUGGAGCAGCUGUUGUAUGAUGCUGCACAUGCUCAACGGCUGCCACCCCUGGACCCAGUACUUCCGAGGGCCGCUCUGCCUCAAGAUUGCCAGUGAGCCUCCACCUGUGAGGGAGAUCCCGCCCUCCUGUGCCCCGCUCACGGCCCAGGCCAUCCAGGAGGGGCUCAGGAAAGAGCCGGUCCACCGAGCAUCUGCAGUGGAGCUGGGGGGGAAGGUCAGCCUGGCGCUGCAGCAUGUGGGAGGUCUGAGGAGUCCCUGGAGAGGAGAGUACAAAGAACCAAGACAUCCACUGCCACUCCAAGACCACCCACCACCAAGCCAAGGCCACCCUCACCAGACCCUGCAUGCCCCACCAGGGGAGCUCUCACCAGGGGCCCCAGGGCUGCAGCCAGCUAAGGACGCAGCAGGCGGGGCCCCUAAGCUCCAGCCUCCUCCACCUCCAGACCCCCCAGAGCAGAGCAAGUCUCCCAGCCUGCACUGGGGCAAGGAGGAGUCUGGGACAUGGGACCCACUGCCCCUGUCCUCCCUGGAUCCGACCCCCACCAGGAACCCCACCUCAUCCGAGCGAAAGGCAACCUUUCCUGAACAGGAGCUACAGCAGCUGGAGAUAGAGUUAUUUCUGAACAGCCUGUCCCAGCCGUUCUCCCUGGAGGAGCAGGAGCAGAUCCUCUCAUGCCUCAGCGUCGACAGCCUCUCCCUGUCAGACGACAGUGAGAAGAACCCGUCCAAGGCUUCUCAGAGCUCGCGGGACACACUGAGUUCUGGCGUGCAUUCGUGGAGCAGCCAGGCAGAGGCCCGCAGCUCCAGCUGGAACAUGGUGCUGGCCCGGGGGCGGCCCACUGACACACCAAGCUAUUUCAACGGUGUGAAAGUCCAAAUACAGUCUCUCAAUGGCGAACACCUGCACAUCCGGGAGUUCCACCGCGUCAAGGUGGGAGACAUCGCAACGGGCAUCAGCAGCCAGAUCCCAGCUGCAGCCUUCAGCUUGGUGACCAAGGACGGGCAGCCCGUGCGCUACGACAUGGAGGUGCCGGACUCAGGCAUCGACCUGCAGUGCGCCCUGGCCCCAGACGGCAGCUUCGCCUGGAGCUGGAGGGUCAAGCACGGCCAGCUGGAGAACAGGCCCUAAGCAGCCUUCCACCACUGGUUCCACUCGGCCCGAAGCGGCCUUCCUUCUCGGUGCUCAGUGAUGCUCUGAGACACAGGCUCUGCCUGCUCCCGGAGCUCUGCCAGCCCGUGGCUCAGUGGCGGGACCAGGGGCUGGCAGCAGCAAGGUGGCGCCAGCAGGACACCUCCCAGGAUCUUCCACCCGGGUCCUGCCUGAGCCCACCGGAGAGGAGGAGGAAGAAAGGAGGCCUCUUCCCACAAGGAACAAAGAGGGUCUUCUCUGCCUCGGUCCCGACAAGCUGGCCUGACCCAGUUAGGAUCAGUGACCAUCUGCUGGCAGCCAGGGGAGAGUGGCUUCCGGCCCAGGUCAGGAGAGGUGGGUGAGCUGGCCCUCAGUUUCCAGGCAGGUGUGAGCGUCUAACGACCCCCUCUCCAGGCCCAGGCUAGGACUGGGGCGGCAGGUGUGCCUCCCCUCGCGUCCGUGGAGGGGCCCCUCUGACCCCCUUGUCCAGCUUUGGCCAUCAACCCCUCUUCUAGCUCUAGGAGCUUUUCAGGCCAGGGAGGGAGAGACGCCUGACAUGGGGGUCUCCCUGGGAGAGAAUGCUACUUCUCAGGGUGCCACGACUCAGGCCCUGAGCUGAGGUCAGCUUCAGAAGAACCAGAGAAGGCAUUCAAGUGACACGGUUCUCAGCCCCCAGACACAUGCCCCUUUGCCACCAGCCACCAGUCUGCCCCAGAGCAGCAGGCCCUGAGCCCAGCCGCAGGCCCAGCACUGCCCCUGCCCAGCUGGCACUCAGCUCGCUCAGCUGUGGAAGUGGAGGGUGACAUGAGACCUACCUGACAGGAACGCUCUGAGGACAGAGCACGAUCAACUCCGCAGAAAGCACCCGACGCAGGCACUCCUGUUACCCAGGCCCCGGCCCUCCACACCCUCACACAAGCCUCCCGGGACACUCACCGACCCUGCCGGCCCUGGUCUCCAGGGCACCGCCUGCUGCACUUUGCACUCUGAUGACCUCAAAGCACUUUCAUGGCUGCCCUCCAGGAGGGCAGGCCAGCGGUUCUGCAUGGGCACAAGCAAGCCAGGAGAUGGGGGGAAGGGACUGAGCUCUUAACCCUUCUUCAUGCAUGUGACCCCUCAAACGUCCUCCAGAUUUCCUUAAGAUGUGCCCCCCGAGGCCAGCCUCUUCUUUUGGGGGGCAGCUGAUCAGGACUCAUGUAGCAUUAAUCAACUGUGAAUUGCUGUGGGGUAAGGGGGUAUCCCUGAGAUUCCACCUGGGGAGAAGCUCAUCCCCACAUUUUGCCAGGUGACCUUUGCCCAGCUAUCCACGUUUAGCCAUUACUCCUCCCCAAGGAGAGACUCCCGGCCCCCAGGAUGUGAAGAACUGCAGCCUUUGCACUGCAGAGUUGACAUGGUAGAAAACUUUGCAAGCAAUAAAGUUUGAGAUAAUGACAA